GCAGUGUGCUUCACGAGAACCGUGUUCACCUUACCGUGAACAUGAUCGUUUCUAGAACAACCAUCACAGCACACCUGUCUCUACCUAGGUGACCGGAAGUGUCUGCUUCUACUGUGAACUUCUGAUUUUUUGUGAUGCGCCAGAUGUCAUGUGUUGAAGGGGCACCAUCACAUUCAAUUGUUUCAACAUAUAUAAUUGGGCAUUCAUAAUUUUAACCAAUGCAUAGUCCAGCGGAAGAUCGUUCGCGCGUAGUAGCAGUCAUAAAUACACUGAAAACAGCUGGGAUUCGGGUAAAAAAUUGGAAGAACUAUUUGAAUGGAUCGUCCUUGAACAACUCUCUCAGAAAGGAGAGCCAGUUGAAGUUUGCGUUUGGUCGGGAUCUGUCAUUGGUUCCACAGUGCGAUGUAAAAGAUGUUGGCGGAACUGUGCCGAAGUUCUUGGUGGAUGCCUGUGGGUUUUUAUCUCAUCAUCUUCACACCGAAGGUCUGUUUCGGAAAACGGGGUCGUUAAACAGAAUCCGAGCUCUCAGGGGUGGAUUGGAGCAAGGAGAGCCGGUCUUCUCUCAGCCGUAUUCAACCACUCUGCAACCGUGCGACGUCGCGUCCCUCCUGAAGCAGUUCCUGCGGGAGCUGCCGUCUCCCCUCAUCCCCGUGGACCUCCAGGCGCCUCUGUGCCACGCGCAGAGUUUGGAGGAAGGCCAGGAGGGUGCCAGAGAUGACGCAACACUGCUAAUCACAGCCCUGUUCCCUGCCUUACACUCCCGGGCGCUCCAGUACUUCUGCAUCUUCCUAAGACAGACAGCUGACAGGUGUGAUGAGAACCGGAUGGAGGCGGGGAACCUGGCUCUGGUGAUGGCUCCCAACCUGCUGCAGUCUCCUGCUGGAGGCUCCAAGCUGACUGUGGGCACAGAGAGACUACUGGACAGACAGGCAGCGGUCAUAAAGGUUCUCAUAGCAAAUGCAGAUCGCAUCGGGGUGAUACCUCCCUGCCUUCUGAGCAUGUCGCCGCUGUCGGAAAGCGGGGAGACCACGCCCCCUAGCGAGGGGGGAAAGCUCCGGCAGCGAGGGGUUGGUGUUUACAGGAGCCUGAAGCGUCAGAGACGCCGUAGUGUCGGAGAAAUCUUUGUGGAUGCCCUCAGUAAACUGAAGACAGGCUUCAACCCUUCAACUGGCUCUUUAAAUCCUGCAGACAGUCAUCAGAAUGGCCGUCCCACUCCUCAAUCACCAGUCACAGUCAAGAGGAAAUGUUCAGAGGAUCCAGGUCCACACGUGGAGGGCUCGGCCACAAAAAGACGCUCUGUCCAGGACCUGAGGGAGAGCCAAAGCUGUAAUCUCUCAAACGUUGUGAGUGAAGUGGACCUGAGUAGGAAACAGGAAGUCAGUAUCACACUACGUACAUCAGAGGAAAAGAAGAAUCAAAACAUAGAUUCAAAAUUACAUAACAGGCCUGAGGUUGAAGAGGAUUGUUCUCAGCGAAGACGAACUCUACGAUUCUUUGACAUAGCCAGCUGGAACCUCCCAAACACGACUAGUACGUCGCCCCAAAGUGAUCAUGAAACCGUGACGCCUGGAAGUAAAAUGUUGUCGGAUGACACGGGUGGAGUUUCCGUCUGCAAGGCGGAGAACGCAAGCAGAAUCCCGGUCAUUCUGAUCGACGGGCCCGAAAGAGGUGUGAGGGAGAAUGAGGUGGAGGACGACCCUGACCUGCUCAACCUCAGCUUCAUGGAGGACCCCACAGCCCCCCAGGACACACCUGACUCCCCCACCGGCACGGAGGAAGCGGAGCGAGAAGGUCAAGCCGCCUUGCUGGGAGGCGAGAACAUGGAAGCAGCUGAUCCACAGGGUGACUCCGACCGUGAACUAGGAGGUCUGGCGAAGACUGACGUAAAUCACCGAGCCGAAGAGGGGACUCCGGACAAGGAGCCGGUCGGAGAGAAAGUGUCGGGCCGGGCGAGCAGGAAACAGCGAGCACCUCGCCGGUCGAUCAGCCUGCCUGACGUGAACCUGGAGCACCUGAGAGACGAAUCCCUGGAGGAAGACGAAGGGGAGAGGUGUCUGUCCAUCAGCCCUGAAGACCAAGAGCCUCCGGACUCAGAGGGCGAGCGGCCGACGACCGCGACCUCAGAAGACGCAGCGUCGAGGAAGAAGAACGCUGAAAGGGCGGAGCUGAAACGGGAGCAGGCGCCGGAGAAGCAGGUGGAGUCCGGUUCGGGUUUCAAGAGGUCUCGUAUGUCUGUGGCCGACCAUCUCAGACGGUUCAACGCCCUGGCGACUCUGCUCCGCACGCCAAGGGCCCCGCCGCCGACCCCUGCGCCCCUCCUCAGAGACCGCCUGCACGACACGCUGCUGGGGAGGGAGCACAGGGGCGCCCUGGGCCUGCAGCGCCAGGGGGCGCGGCGUUUCGGACGCUCCAUCAGUCAUGACGGAGUCCCUGGAGCUCUGGCAGGGUUCGGCAGGGAAGCGGACAGGCCAGGGCAAGGCCCCAGUCCCGGGCCGCUGGUCCAGUCAGCACCGCCAGAGCCGACUGGGAGACUGGAGGCUUUCCGUCUGGAGCUGGAUCCAGAGACCCACUGCCUUCCAGGAGCCCCGAGACUGGAGAACGUUCCACGGCCUGGGGGGAGUCCAAGCGCGGACGCUGAACUGCCAGAGCAGAGCCAGGGAUGCCAGGAGGAUCUCGGGGAAUCUCAACCAGAGGAGCCGUCAGACAAGCCAGAGCUGCACCACCUCCUGCAGGAGCAGCUGAGUCUGUGUGACUCAGACAAGGUGCAUGGGGGAGACCUCACUGCCCCAGUUCAGCUGGAUAGACAGACCCAGACAGAAGCCACCUCGGCUAGGCGACACCAGAGCGCCUCGCCGGUGGGGAAGAACUUCCAGGUCAGAGAAGUCCAGCCCAGACUCCCUACAGCUCCCUCCUCGCACCUGGACACCUGCUGUCUUCACAUCAUCAGCACAGCCACCCAGACGGACAGAGCGACGCCCCCUAAGAACUACGGCACAGCAAACACGGAGGCUGUGUGCUCGUCUGGAGAUCCCUCUGCGUUUGACUUAAUCGCUGUAGACAUGGACGGAUGUUCCCUGGAUGAUUCUCUUCCAGCCCUGACGUUCAAGCCCGCGGCCACCAGGAGGCGCUACAGAGACUCUCCUCGCUGGCUCGUCCAUGAGGUCAGCAUGGCCGCAGGGGAAACGCUGCAGAUAUGAGAAAUUUGGUUGUAGCUGUAGUUUUCCUUUCUCAUCUGUUUACAACAUACAGUGUGCAUGUGAUGGUUAAAGACACAUAACAAUUAGUACUGUUUUCUCUGAAAUGAUGG